AUGGACGGCUACGUCUCCGCCUACUGGCUCUACAAGCGCGACACGGAUCGCUGCGCCAGCUGGCUGGCCACCACGGCGCUCUCGCUCGGCUUCCCGCGCAAGCGCUUCACCGCGGCCGAGGUCGACCCGCGCAAGAAGGUGUCGACGUUCACCGUCAGCUCCGGCUGCAGCCACGGCGGCCCGACAGACGCCAUGCCGCAGUACCGCUACGUCCUCAGGAUCCCGCAGUUCAUCGAGCUCGCCCGCUACAUCGCCGACAAGCGCCAUGCGGUGCCGCCCGCCAAGCUGCGCCUCAUCCGACGCUGCAUCUCGCGCCGCAUUGCCUACCUCAAGGCGUUCGAGGACCAGGGCCAGCUCUGCGACAAGCACGUCUACUUCGUCGAGGUGCUUGCCGAGGUCUUCCAGAUCCUGCAGCCCUGCGAGGAAACGGACAAGGACGAAGGCGGCAACGGCGACAACGAGGAGCAUCCGCAACAGGCGGCAGGAUGGAAGAAGAUCCGAGCCAAGAGGGGCGCCAAGAAGCGCGGCAGAAGCCAGCAUAGGGCCAAGGCGUACAGCGAGCCUCGCACGGACAGCAGCGGCGAUGACGCCUCGUCCGGCCACCUCUUUGGCCGACUGCACCUCUUCGCAGAGAGCGACGGGGAGCGCGGCAGCAGCGAAGACGAAGAUACCGACAGCGACGCCGGAGAGACGCUCCUGUACCGCAUCGAGGACAAUGUUGACGAGGCGUUGUGCGCCUUCAUGGCCUUCUACACCGACCUCAACGACGUCCGCGCCUUUCUACGCCAGCUGUGGAGCGACUACCGCCAGCGCAAGAUGGACCUCGUCACCGCCUCGCUGACGACCAACACGGCGUUUCAGCUGGUGGCCAAGGCGCACAACGACAUCGUCGAGCGCUACCGAGACCUCUUCGCUGAUCCGAGCGCCAUCCUCGAGGCCCUGUUCGACUACGCGCUGGACCUGCCCGCCGGAAAGGACCUGGACGACGGCGGCGAGGAGCUCGACGACGGCAACAGCACAGGAUGCCGCGUAAAGGCUCAUGAAGAUGCCCGCACGACGGUCGAGGAACACUUCUUCCUGCUGCCGUUCCGCGUUCUGAGCGACUGGCGGGCGGACAGGCUAGACGAUGACGACUGUCACGAGCCCUCUCUGGAAGGCCUGUUCGACGCCGAAGCGCCUGGAUUCGAUGUGGCCCUGCUCUCGCACGCGCAGCGACGGCGACUGGAUCAAGACCUCCUUUACGCCGCUCUGAACGACUUUGCCACCUUUGACGACGCGACUGUCCGAGCCGGGGAUCUCGAUGCGCUGCAGUUGCUCGAAGCCAACGACGAGAUCCCUGACGAUCUGAAGCGCUCGUUGAAGCAGCACCUGCAGCAGACCAAGGACCGCAUACGCAGAGUUCUCGGUCCGUCCAAGGCCCUCGACGCCAGCGGCAACAGCCCCGACGCCCUGACGCGCGAGAUGAGCCACUUUCUGCGUUCGACGGACGGGCCAUCGCUCCUCUUGGCCUUCGAGAUGCAGGUCUACCUCGACAUCAACCACGUUCUGCAGCACGACAACCGCCGCGGACGCGUCGAGGCCUUUACGUGCCUGCACCAUCUCGAACUGACGCUCAACGAGGCCCUGCGGAACAAGUGCGAGCCCAACCGGUGCAAAGUCCACCACGAGGACCAGGAGCUGGCGAUCAUUUUGAUCCGUGAGCUGGUGCAAGAGCUGCUCAAGCGCUGCCACCACGCCUGCACGGACCGAUCGUGCUGCCACGCGGAUUAUCUCUGCUCUCCGGCUACGAGGCAACCUUUCCUCGACCGCCAUCCGAUCUUCUGCGGCCUGCAGACGUUCAGGGGGCUCCUCAAGCUGCGCGAAACGGGCGCGGAAGUCGCUCGAUGCAGUGGCUUGGCGCUGGCCGCCCUCCAUCUCUUCACGGCCUGCAAGGGCUACCUGACAGCUGGGCAGUCCCCCCUCGACGGCUUUGCAUGGCCGGACAUGGAGCAGAUCGUCCGGCUGCGCGGGCCGGAGCAGCUCUUCGGGGGCAGCAGCCCGCCGACCACGGCGCGUCUAUUGCGGUCGGCAAGGAUGGGCAGGAGGGCAGAGGUCGAGCCGCAGCUGAACCGCUUCGCCAAUGAUGCGACCUUUGUGUCCAUCUUCGAGGGCAUCUCUUGCACCUGCCGCGACCAUCGCACGGCGGUGCUCCAGGCCGACAUCAACAACGGGACGGUGCAGAAGCUCCUCGCGAGCUCGAAGGCCAAGCAGCUGCGCGUGACGCAGAGGGCCACAGUCGCCCAAAGCGCCCACAGCCGACCGGCGAAGCUGCCCACCCAGCACAGAGGAAGGUCGAAGUCGAAACGCAGCCUCGCGAUUGUGGAACUGCUCGACAUCCUCGCCGAGGGCCUUUGCUCCGACAUGCCAGGACUCUGCUUCGACCACAUCGGACUCAACACGCGCUGUUCGCGCGUCUUCGAGGCCGUCUAUGCCGCGCUGCAAAAGGAGAGCAAGGUGCUGAUGCGGGAGCCGGCUUUCCCGCACUGCUUCUCACCCAUGAAGGCCGUCGUCGAGACGCUGAUCACGCUCGACUGGUGGAACGGCCGGUACCGCGAGAUGCCCGACGUCUUUCAGUCCCUCGUCGACGAGCAGCGUGAGGCCAUGGAACGCGUGGCUGCCGUCAUGCGCGCUGCCGCGGUCGAGGUCGGGAUCGACAUUUCGUGCUUAGGGCUCUGGGCCACUCUGACGUGCCUUGGCUAUCCAAUGGGGUCCAAGGUCGAAGAAGGUCCCAGCACCGCGCGCGAUGAGCGCCAAGACGGCCGAGAGACCGGCCAGAACGACCGCGGUCCCGAGCGCUGA